UCUGCAGCUUAGACAGAGAGAAAGCAUUUCAGGAUUAAACUUCUGCAUGAUGGCUUCAGAAAAAGCUAAGUAUGAAGUACAGAUUACGACGGGUCAACUUUUUAAUGCAAUUACCCUUGACGCCGUGUACAUCACCCUCAUUGGUAUGAAAGCAGACAAAAUAACAAAGAGUGAGAGGGCGAGUGUGAGCAUCAAAAAGACAGCUAUUGUUUAUACCGAUGAAGAUCUAGGUGAUCUUAUCAUGAUUAUGUUGGAAAGGGAAGGAAGCUCGAUUUUGCCAGAAUCUGAUUGGUUCUGUGAGACCGUAAAAGUGCUGGAUGCUAACAAAGGCAAGGAAUGUGUAUUUCCAGUGUUUAGCUGGGUUUUAAGAAAUAAACCAGUGAAUGUUGCAAAAGCCUCAGCCAAUAAAUCAUCAGAAGGUAGUGAAGAAGUUACGGAAGAGCUGAAUGAGCAAGAAAACCAGAAGAGACAAAUCCCAACCUGUAAAGGCUUAUAUGAUGUGCUGGAUACAGUAAAGGACAUAUCUUUUGGACUUUUACCAGGAGCACCUCCAGGCAAAGUGAUCCAUGAUCUUUACAAAGAACUGAAUUAUGUUGACAUGAAAAACGUUUUUGAAUAUAUGGACUAUCUGGAUGGAGCACCAAAAUCUGUACAGUUCACAUCUUUCAUUUGGUUACCUAAAACAGUGCAGUUUCAUGUGAAGAAAUUAGUGGGAUUAGGAACUGUUGGUACCUACAUGAAUAGGAACUUCAUGAUGGCUCGGAGUUCCAUACUUGAAAAUUCCACACAAUUCAUUAAAAUGGUUCAAUCAAUGAUCUGA